AUGAUUGACCAGUAUAAACAUCAACAACUUCGAAUUGGAUCAGUUUCCCCUCAACAAAUCAGGGCUUGGGCAAAAAAGAUUCUACCCAAUGGAGAGAUAGUUGGAGAGGUGACAAAACCCUAUACUUUUCAUUAUAAAACUAAUAAACCGGAAAAAGAUGGAUUGUUUUGUGAAAGAAUUUCUGGACCCAUAAAAAGUGGGAUUUGUGCUUGUGGAAAUUACCGAGGAAUUGGGACUGAAAAAGAAGACCCGAAAUUUUGUGAAGAAUGCGGGGUGGAAUUUGUUGAUUCUCGGAUACGAAGGUACCAAAUGGGAUACAUCAAACUGACAUGUCCAGUGACUCAUGUGUGGUAUUUGAAACGUCUUCCUAGUUAUAUUGCGAAUCUUUUAGAUAAGCCCCUUAGGGAAUUAGAGGGCCUAGUAUAUUGCGAUGUGUUUUCUUUUGCUAGGUCCAUAGCUAAAAAACCUACUUUUUUACGAUUACGAGGUUCAUUCGAAUAUGAAAUCCAAUCCUGGCAAUACAGCAUCCCACUCUUUUUUACUACUCAAGGUUUCGAGACAUUUCGAAACCGAGAAAUCUCUACGGGGGCAGGUGCUAUCAGAGAACAAUUAGCCGAUUCGGAUUUGCGAAUUAUUACAGAUAAUUCUUUGUUAGAAUGGAAGGAAUUAGGAGAUGAAGAGUCCGCAGGAAAUGAAUGGGAAGAGAAAAAAAUUCGAAGAAGAAAGGAUUUUUUGGUUAGGCGCAUAGAAUUAGCUAAACAUUUUCUUCGAACAAACGUAGAUCCAGAAUGGAUGGUUUUGUGCCUAUUACCAGUUCUUCCUCCUGAGUUGAGACCAAUCAUUCAGAUAGAUGGGGGUAAACUAAUGAGUUCGGAUAUUAAUGAACUCUAUAGAAGAGUUAUCUAUCGGAACAAUACUCUUACCGAUCUAUUAACAACAAGUAGAUCUACACCAGGGGAAUUAGUAAUGUGUCAGGAGAAAUUGGUACAAGAGGCCGUGGAUACACUUUUUGAUAAUGGGAUCCGCGGACAACCCAUGAGAGAUGGUCAUAAUAAAGUUUACAAGUCAUUUUCCGAUGUAAUUGAAGGCAAAGAAGGAAGAUUUCGUGAGACUCUGCUUGGUAAACGGGUCGAUUAUUCGGGGCGUUCUGUCAUUGUCGUAGGUCCUUUGCUUUCAUUACAUCAAUGUGGAUUACCUCGAGAAAUAGCAAUAGAGCUCUUCCAAGCAUUUGUAAUUCGUGGUCUAAUAAGACAAGAUGUUGCUUCUAACACAGGGAUUGCUAAAAGUAAAAUUCGGGAAAAAGAACCCAUUGUAUGGGAAAUCCUUCAAGAAGUGAUGCAGGGGCAUCCUGUAUUGUUGAAUAGAGCGCCCACCCUGCAUAGAUUAGGUAUACAGGCGUUCCAACCCAUUUUAGUGGAGGGGCGUGCUAUUUGUUUACAUCCCUUAGUUUGUAAGGGCUUCAACGCAGACUUUGAUGGGGAUCAAAUGGCUGUUCACGUACCUUUAUCUUUGGAAGCUCAAGCAGAAGCUCGUUUACUUAUGUUUUCUCAUAUGAAUCUCUUGUCUCCAGCUAUUGGGGAUCCCGUUUCCGUACCAACUCAAGAUAUGCUUAUAGGACUCUAUGUAUUAACGAUCGGGAAUCCCCGAGGUAUUUGUGCAAAUAGGUAUAAUCAAUCUAAUUCUAAUUGCAGAAACUAUAAAAAGGAAAAAGUUAACAAGAAUGACUUUAAGUAUACAAAAGAGCUGUAUUUUUCUAGUUCUUAUGAUGCACUUGGAGCUUAUCGGCAGAAACGAAUCCAUUUAGAUAGUCCUUUGUGGCUUCGGUGGAGACUAGAUCAACGCGUCGUUGGCUCAAGAGAAGUUCCCAUCGAAAUUCAAUAUGAAUCUUUUGGUAAUUAUAAUGAGAUUUAUAAGCACUAUCAAAUAAUAGGAAGUGUAAAAAUAGAAAUUUGUUGUAUAUACAUUCGAACUACUGUUGGUCAUAUUUCUUUUUAUCGAGAAAUAGAAGAAGCCAUACAGGGGUUUUGGCGGGCCUACUCAUAG